GAGAAAAGAUCAUCGCAAAUCCGACACAGACGGAUACCAACUGUUAAAUACUUGUGCGUUUCCGGCGAUGACAAAAAAAAAUUAAAAAAUAAUAAAAUUUGCGCGUAAUAUUUUUCCGUAUUUUGUGUCGGAAAAUAAAUCUGAAAUACAUAUUUUUCACAAUUAUUGAUUCAAAUUUAAAAUAAUGAAAAUCUGUGACUCGUGUGAAUUAUAAAUUAAAAAAAUAUAUUGUGUCUGUGAGUUCAUAAUUUUUAAGUCAAUAAAACCGGUGGUCGAUUUAUUGGUGUUUCCUGUGUUAAAAUAGUAGUUGUGAGAGUUAAUACUAAAAUUUAACCCGGUGACGGAGAGCACCGCUUGUUAAAAUUAAGUAGUUAAUUAUUGGUUUCCUCUGCCAAAUUUAAAGUAACCAUACAAACCUACGGCACUCAGAAAUAAAUAUUAAAGUCACAGAUCUCUGGUAAUAAAUAGACAACCAAAUAAAAUUUCAAUUUUUAAUUUGCUAGUAGCAUUACGUGUACAUCCGUUAUUUUUUGGUUGCAUGCGUCAGUCCUUAAUUUAUUUGUUGAACCAUUAAUUAAAAUUGACUUAACCACGUGACGAAAAAAAUAUAAAAACGUAACGUAGGUAACAGUAUUAUAAAAAUAUUAAAACACAAGUGAUACAAAGAAAGGAUAUAUUAGUGGAAAUGUAACAGUGAUAGUUAUUGUAACAUUCGCGUGGUAUCACUAUGUGAUACCACACACAGGCGUCAAAACGGAGAAGGUCAAAGAAGAAGAAAAACGCGCUAAGAGAAAAAGAAUAUCCGAUAUGAGGGUUGACUUCCGCGGAAUAAAGUGUGCAACAGCACUACGCAAAGCGGCGAUGUACGAAAGCAGCUGCUCAUACGCAGGCGCCCUCGAACUCAAGCGAAGUGCUCUCAAAGAAGAACCCUGGCCCGCCACAGAAUGGCCUCCCUAUCGGCUACACCAGUCUACCUUCGAGCAGCUAAAACAGAGUGUCGAGAAAGCAAAAGCAGCUCUCCAAGAUCGAUCGGGGUUACUCGGCACAGCGACUGCUUUUGGCGACUUCUACGGGGGCCAGUUGGGGCAAGACACUGCGAGCCUCGGCUUUGGAAGGUCGAGGACAGAUGAUUCGAUGAUCGGAUCCGUUGACAAAAGUAAAUCUGUAGAUGCAUCCUACAAAAGUACGUGGUCGUCUCAUGCGUCAUCACAGGGUUCACAAGGCUAUGGCACCAACUCACUAUCGGCUAUGUCGAAGUCGACACUCGAGGCGCACACGCAUUUACGUCAACCAGAUCCAUAUCAAAUGUUUGGCCCAACGAGCAGUCGUUUAGCAAACUCAGGUUCCGGUCAAAUCCAGUUGUGGCAGUUCCUCCUUGAGCUCCUGAGUGACUCCAGUAAUGCUGGCUGCAUCACCUGGGAGGGGACGAAUGGGGAGUUCAAGUUGACAGACCCGGACGAGGUCGCCAGGCGAUGGGGCGAGAGGAAAUCCAAGCCGAACAUGAACUAUGACAAGCUAAGCAGGGCUCUGAGAUAUUACUACGACAAAAACAUAAUGACCAAAGUCCACGGAAAAAGGUAUGCGUACAAGUUCGAUUUCCAAGGAUUGGCCGCGGCAACGCAGCCGGCGGCCAGUGACCCCGCAUACAAGUACCAGAGCGACCUUUUCAUGAGCUCGUACCAUCAUUCAGCGAAACUAUCGUCAUUCAUGGCUCCGCACGCCGCGAUGCCUACGUCCACAGCCUCAAUAUUCCCAUCUGCAUCGUGGGGGAACUGGGGGGGAGGCGGAAGCAAUCUGUACUCCCCCCACUCCAUGGCGCCCCCCCACGUGACGUCACAUCUGGGAUCCUACCCGCACUACGCAUGACCAGCCAUUUAAGCUGAACGAAGAAUUAAUUUCAUUUUUAAAAUUCGAACGUUUUUCUCGUUUUUACCAGAAUAACGUUUUUUAAGAACUUUUUAAUUUGCAGUAUUUUCAUUAUAUUCCUGAGUUGCCAUAACUUAAAAAUUGUAUUUCAAUUGCUGAAUCACCAAUAAAUAUGGUAGUGCGUAUAACAUUAUUCUAGAUAUUUUAAAAAAUGUGACGAGAAAAUGAAAAAAAAAACCACAAUGUAAAUUUAUUUGAAAGGUAUGGACGUUUUAAAGACUAAAAUACUGUAAUUUAUUCUGUUUGAAAUUAUACUAUUUUUUAAAAUGUGAGGAAAGGAAAAGGGAAUGUGAACUGCAAGACUAGUCCUUAUCAGAGAAUGUUGUAUAUAGUAGAUACUCAUUAAAAUAAGUAGAAUUAUUUAUUUAGGAUAUCAAAAUAAAAAUAAUGAAAAUUUAUUGGUCGUAUGAAUUAUAUAAAAGUGACUAUUUCCAAUCACGUGUGUGAAGAAUUUUGAAAUAACUAAAUCGGUUUUAGUAUUAUUUGUGUUCAUUUUGUCCUAAACUAGAAUAGGCGAUAUAAUAAUAUAAUUCAAGUAUUCUCACUCUCAAUUAAUUAGGGUUAUUGUCUAUGUAAAUUCUAUGUUACUAUUGUUUUAAAUUUAGAAUGUAAUCCUUUAACUAUAAAGUAAGUUACAAAUUCAAAACAAAAACCUAGUUAUUUCAAAAUCCUAUUUCGACUCACAGCACACGUUCGCCAUAUGAAUUAACUGAUUGGUGAUAUUUUACUCAGUAUUAAUAACCUGUAAAAUAAAUUUUAAUUAAAGUAAGUUCUAGUUAAAAAUAAAGGUGAAAUCUUGAAAAAUAACCAUCAAACUAAACAAGCUCAAGUGCAUAAUUUAAUAAAAAUGUGAAUGUGCCAUUAAAAUUAUACUAAACAUCGCACCAAAGUCUUGAAUUUAAAGAAAUGUAAUUUAUAUAACCAAUACACUAAUUUAUUUUCAACAAAUGACAACCAAAUGCGACAUUCCUACGCCAAAUAUGUAACAUUAAGUAUUUCAUAUAGUCAGUUUCUAAGCCACACGGAAUAUCAGAUCUCUUGACGUUUUAUGCAGGAUUGCCAUUUGUCCCGUCCAUACGGGACUGCCGCCAAAUAUGGCCGCCCUCUUAUGACAUGUCCCGUGCGAGUGAUGUGAUGAUUUCAGUAAUGCCACAAUAUGUGGAGAACUACAUAAAAAUAGGGUGGUUCGCAGAGCAUUUCGACCGCUGCAGCUGCGCGGUCGUUACAAUCCGUCAAUUUUCUUGAGGAAAGAAUCAUUUCCAAAAUCGAUCAUUCAUAAAAUUGACAUUACUAUAGUACAGAAUAAUUGAUGCAAAGUCAUAUAAUAAAACUCAUUCUUGUCUUUGUUAAAAUUUGAAAAACUGUAAUGAUAGCGCGACCGCAGCGUUCGAAACGCUUCGCAGAGCGUUUCGAACGGUCCACCCAAUACGGUCUUGAUUAAAAUAGAAGAUUUUUUGCAAAUACUAACCGUCCUAGGUAUAUACUCUGUGUGUCUUAUAAAUGACCUGAAAAUAAGAAAAGGUUAUUAUAACAAUUCGAGACGCCCCCUAUUGGUUAUUUUAUGCUAUGAUAAGCAAUCGUAAGUUUAAUUAUAUCACCAAUACGCGUUUGAGAAUGGUGGCUUAGAAGCUGGCUUUAAAGCCAUGCCCAUUUCCAUUGCACAGUCGCACUCCGUCAUUUUGACAUCCGUUGACAGACAACGCAGAAAUUGUAUGAGUUUAGACCCGUUGAAUGACGACGACGACAAUGUGAAAAUCUAUAGAAUACAACGCGCGCAAUCUAUGCGCGACUGAGCAAUGUGUACUGUUAGGUGUCACAAUCGUGACCUGCGUACAGACUUGGAAGCCAACCUCUACUCCUGUAAAUAGUUUAAGCUGUACCUACUGUCACUUUAAAAAUAAAACUUUCCCGCGAUGUCAAAAUACCAACAGUAUUUUUACGUUAGCCAGCGUACGAUCUUCGCAAAUUCGUAAAUUCUUCGUAAAUUAUUUGAUACGUGAAAUCUUCACAAAGAUAAAUUUAAAAUUAAAAUACAUUCGUAUUUUAAUUUUAAUUGUUUUUUAAUUUUAAACUUAUCUUUAUGAAGAUUUGUAUUUUAAUUUUAAACUUAUCUUUGUGAAGAUUUAAUUUAUGUAAACUUUGAUCCAGAUAGUUGUAGUCAAGAAAAAAAGUUUCAUAAAAAGAAAUAAAAGGAUUUUCUUAAUAUGAACAGGAAAAAAUAACUUAUCAGUCGACAAUAUCUUGUAUGUAUUAGGUAUGUACCUAUUGCAUAACUUAUAUUUAUGUUACUGGCCAUAAUAAUAAAAAAAAAAAAAAACAAAAACAAUUUUUGAAAAGACGUGAACUGUAAAUAAAUUAGAUUAUUGGAAAAGUGCAAUCGUACUAGUUCUAAUUCAUAAACUAGAGUAGUUUUAAAAUAUAAAAUUCCUAACUUAUUUUCUAUUUGAGUAAAUUAUUUGAUAUAUUUUUAUUUACCUAAUUUUAUUCGGAGCUCACUAAUGUUCGACUUUUUUAACUUUAAAAGUCUUUAAAAUGUUUAAAGUAUUUUGUUACAAGGCUAUUAGAACGUCCUCUGUUUAAUAUUUUGCCGUAUCUUACGCACAUAAGGCGAGUAACAAAGACAGCCUUUAAUAAUGCGUCUUUAUUGAUUUAACUAUAUGAAAUAAGUCCGCCACAUUACCCUGCAUUAUUAAAGUCUGUCUUUAUCUACCACAUUCAGUGCGUAAGAGACGUGAUGACACUUCACGCAAUGGACACUUUGCAUUGUAUAGGAAGAAAGAUUUUCAGUUUUAUCAAUGUUUUCGUGUUUAUAUUCCUUUAUUAUUUAAUAAAAAUAAGUUUAAAACAAAUAUAAUUUUAUUUAUUUACAAACUGUAUUUUUUAGUUUUAAAUUAAAAUUUCAAUAGUUACCUAAUUGUGAUCUAUGAAAGGAGUAUAUUUAUUUAAUUUAUUUGUUUUAUUUACUUUAUAAUGCAUGUGUCAAUAUAAUAAAACCAUUUAGUCGUAGAGUAUCAUUGUAUAGAUGUUAUUGUAAUUGAAACGAAUAAAAGAAAUGAAAAUAUGUU